AGAAUCUCCGGCUCAAGUUGCUGUAUCUGGCAGUCAUGGGGCUCGCUUAGGUGAGUGAGCGCGUGGUCAUGCACGCCGUGCUGGUGUCCGUUUACCUUCUGCUUGUCACCCCCAUCACACUAACUUGGUGGGCCGCUGGGAGUCAAUUGGUCAUGGAUCCGCGCACAAUUUGCAAAAAAACCAAACGUCUAAGGGGUAAAAUGGCUGAGAUUUGCAGCAAACAAGCAUUAGUGGAUCAAAUAAGGCUCGGGGUCGAAUUGGGACAAAGAGAAUGUCAGUAUCAGUUUAGGUUUAGAAGAUGGAAUUGCACAUCUUCGAGAAAAAGUAUCAGAAAAGUGCUCUUGCGAGAUACCAGAGAGACGGGCUUUGUCAAUGCCGUGUUAGCAGCCGGUGUGACCUACCAGGUAACAAGGGCAUGCACCACAGGGGAACUCCUUGGAUGCUCCUGCGACAGAAAAAUGAAGAGCAAAAAAAAUAAAAAGAGACUGAAAAUGGCAUCGAUGCCGGAGGGUGACUGGGAAUGGGAGGCUUGCGGGGGCGAAAACAUCGAUUUUGGAUUAAAAAAAUCCAAAGACUUUCUAGACACGCGAUACAAAAAACGAAGUGAUAUGAAAACUUUAGUCAAGCUACAUAACUACGUUGCCGGCAGAAUGGCAAUCAAAAAUCAUAUGAGAACAGAAUGCAAGUGUCAUGGUCUUUCGGGGUCAUGCACUCUGAGAACAUGCUGGCGCAAGAUGCCCCCCUUCAGGGAGGUGGGAAAUCGGCUCAAGGAGCGGUUCGAUGGCGCUGUUAAAGUGAUUGCAGGCAAUGACGGCCAAAGUUUCAUGCCUGAAGACUCCUCCAUCAAGCCUCCGGGCAAAACGGGCUUGGUGUAUUCGGAGGAAUCGCCACAUUUUUGUUUACCAAACAACACUUUGGGCUCUUUUGGGACGCAAGGACGCACCUGUGUUGAGACUUCACCCGGUGAAGAAGGCUGCAGCAUACUCUGCUGCGGAAGAGGCUCCAAAAGUCAUGACGAAACCGAAGAAAAGAAUUGCAAGUGCAAGUUUUUGUGGUGCUGUGAAGUUAAAUGUGAAAAAUGCAACGAGACGCGUACGAUUAGUACUUGUUUGUGAUUUUAUUUCAUAGUGUUUAUUGACUAUUAUUAAUUUUUAUCUAGCUGUAUAUACCAAUUUGUUACUAAUUGUUGUACACACUUUUAUACAGAAUAACACGGCUAUACUAAACGAGCAAAAUUGUAAACGCGUGUUACUAAUAAAAUUAUUGAACAUUG